AUGCCAGGAGUAAUAAUGGUUGCUUCUCGAGGAGCUACUUCCAGCUCCGUUUGCCGCUACACCCUACUCUCAUCCCCUCGUUUUAAUCCUUCGUCGGUCCGUCUUUUGUCAACCAAUCGUCGUGCAAUCACUCCCUACAAUGGCCGGCCCUCGGCACACUACAGUGCUUCGACUUCACAUUUGCUACGCAAGGUGACGACCAGCCAGUCAUCCUCCUCCUCAUUCUCGACAUCUUCAACCUCGUUUCUUCCCGAGUCGGACUGGGACCAUAACCCGAACUUGUCCAUUUCCAAUUUCUCAGAACUUCCCUCCAAGGACUUUGGAUUCAACCAGCACAUGAUUAUAAACCAAGAGUUCAAGGAAGCGUUGCGAAUGAUUCUUUGGCAGUUCAAAGCGCCAAUUCGAUAUGCAUUUGCUUACGGAUCGGGUGUGUUCCCGCAGAACGGUAGCGCGGCUCCGUCUAGUUCACUACACCCCUCGGCACCCACGGCUAUUCAAAACAUGCAACAGGGCUCCGGGAAGAUGAUUGAUUUCAUUUUUGGAGUGUCGUACUCUCAGCAUUGGCAUGAUCUCAAUCUGCAUCAGCACCGUGAUCAUUAUUCUGGACUGGGCUCGAUGGGGUCGUACAUGGUCUCCCAAGUACAGGACCGCAUUGGCGCAGGUGUCUACUUCCAUCCCUAUGUCACAGUAAACGGCACGAUGAUCAAGUACGGUGUAGUGAACUUGGAUACUUUGUGCCGGGACCUCACCCAGUGGGAUACCUUGUACCUUGCCGGUCGUCUGCAUAAGCCUGUUAAGAUCUUGCGUGAUCACCCGAAGGUGCGACUGGCAAACCAGAUGAAUUUGUUGUCUGCGUUGCGAGUCGCACUGCUUCUUCUACCGGAGAAUUUCACCGAGUUUGAGUUGUAUAGCACAAUUGCCGGGAUGAGCUAUAUGGGAGAUCUCCGCAUGGCCCUUCCGGCCGAGGACCCCGGCAAGGUGCGCAAUAUUGUUUCGGGACAGAUGGCGCACUUCCGCCGGCUUUACGCGCCACUCAUUGAGAAUCUGCCUAACGUAACCUUCGUGGACCCCCGCUGCAGCAAUGAGGAUUGGAUUGAUGACCCGAACGCCAUCCUAGCCAUGGCGCAAGAUAUGGACCCAGUGAAGCGUGGUAACAUGGUCCGCCGCCUGCCUGAGUCGUUCCGACAAAAGCUAUACUUCCAAUACCAGUCGCGUUUUGGCAUCCCUCGGGCGGACUUCAAUAAGAUGGUCCAGGAAAAUAAGGAUUCGGAGGAAGUCCUUCGCCGGCCCCAAGGAGGUCCGUUUGAGCAACGGAUUGCUGGGGAUGAUUUCCUCAAUGAGGAGGUCUCCAAGUCCAUUGAGAAGACAAUCCGCUGGCCAAGCACCGUUCAGACAAUCAAGGCGCCCUUCACAGCAGGUCUUGGUAAAAGCUGGACUUACUUGAAGGAGAAACGCGAGAAGCACAAGAAGGCCCAGAUCAAAGCGGCGACAUCAUUGAAGCCAGCUGAGGCACCGAAGCCUUCAGAAACCAAGGAGACAAAAAAAGAAUAG